ACGUUGAUCCAGAUAUCUGUGACAUGGCGACAACAGACAGCGUACAAGGUGUGGAUGACGUCAGGAGAGGAGCAGCAGGGGGUUCUGCCAACAGUGUUCUCACCUGGCAAGGAGGGAGAUGUGAGGAGUUCGGGGAAGGGUCCAGCGGGCGAGACAAAGGUGUGAGGGUGUACAGGUGUGAGGAGUGCAGCAAGCAGUUUAGUCAGCCGGGUCAUAUGAAGACCCACAUGCGUACUCACACAGGGGAGAUACCCUACAGAUGUGGGGAGUGUAGCAGGCAGUUUAGUCAGCCAAGUCAUCUGAAAAGCCACAUGCGGGCUCACACUGUAGACAAACCAUAUAUGUGUGAGGAGUGCAGUAGACGGUUCAGUCAGCUGGUCAAUCUGAAGACCCACAUGCGUACUCACACAGGGGAGAAACCCUACAGAUGUGAGGAGUGCAGCAGGCAGUUUAGUCAGCUGGGUAAUCUGAAGUCCCACAUGCGAACUCACACAGGUGAGAAACCCUACAGAUGUGAGGAGUGCAGCAGGCAGUUUAGUCACUUAAUAGGUCUAAAGACUCACAUGCGUACUCACACAGGUGAGAAACCUUACACGUGUGAGGAGUGCAGCAGGCAGUUUAGUCGGCUGGGUCAUCUGAAGACUCACAUGCGAACUCACACAGGGGAGAAACCCUACAGGUGUGAUUAUUGUAGCAAGCAGUUCAGUGAGUUGGGUAAUCUGAAGAGACACAUGCGGACUCACACAGGAGAGAAACCCUACAAAUGUGAGGAGUGCAGCAGGCAGUUUAGUACAUUAGGUAACCUGAAAAGACACAUGCGGACUCACACUGGAGAGAAACCCAACACGUGUGAGGAGUGCAGCAGGCAGUUUAGUGAGCUGGGUGCUCUGAAGACUCACAUGAGGACUCACACAGGCGAAAAACCUUACAGGUGCGAGGAGUGCAGCAAGCAGUUCAGAGUGCUAGGUGAUUUGAAGAAACACAUGAAUACUCAUACAGGUGAGAAACCCUUCAGGUGUGAGGAGUGCAGCAAGCAGUUUAGUCAGCUGGGUCAUCUGAAGAACCACAUGCGGACUCACACAGGGGAGAAACCCUACAGGUGUGAGCAGUGCAGCAAGCAGUUCAUUCAGCUGGGCACAUUGAAGAAACACAUGCGGACUCACACAGGGGAGAAGCCU